AUGUGGGAUUUCCGAGCGACCAUGAACGCCUCUUCGCCCCAGUGCAGCUCGUGCUUGUCUCGGCUGCUCUCAGACUCAGAUGAGCCCGUGGUCGGUGUCAGCAGAGGACCCUCUCAGCUCCACAAGUUUACCGCGGAAUCACUAACCCGGGACCCCACCACCACCGGCGGCUCUUGGACGUUACCCCGUGAACCCUGCAGGCAGCUCGGCACCAGCCCUCACCGGCGGGACGCGACCACCACGACCACCACGGCCCCGGGGCAAGGCUACAGCCAGGUCCUCUACCUUUAA